UGCCGUUCUCUGUCACUUUGUUCCCCCCCCCCCCAAAAAAAAAAACUAUUUAAUAAAAGAAACACGAAGAAAUCCCAAGAAAGCAAACUCUGAACUGAGUUUCACUUGCAUCCUUGGAGAGUUUGGGAAGGUACCUUGGAAAGAAAAAGGAAAAAAAAAAGUUCUUGAAGAGUUCUCCAGCCCUGAAGAUGUUCCCUCGCUCUGACUGGAAUAUUUAAUUAUGACAACAAUGGAAAGUGAACGUUACACAUUAUAGUAACCGCUUUCCUUGGGACCUCGGAAGUUCGUCUGAUUGGAUGUCCGUCAAAAGUCUCCCAACGUAAGACGUCUUAUCCCUCUGGAAGUUUCAUGAGUUAUCUUCAAAAACACUUUUUCCAUCCGUACUGCUGCAGAGGUGGUUCAACAAGUGUAAUACUGAUGCAACAAGCAGCGGCAAAGAGCUCGCUCCAUUCGGCGUCACGCAGCUCCGGGGGUUCUUCCGUCCCGCUGCUGUCAGGCUGAAAGUUACCUCCAUUCCGGAUAUAACAGAAAAGCGUGGGCUCGCCGUUUCCUUCCCGGAGAGAUGAGGCGGAAAGAGAAAAGGCUGUUGCAGUUCGCCGGGCUCCUCAUAGCGGCUCUGCUCUUCCUCCCCAACGUGGGGUUGUGGUCUUUGUACCGGGACCGGGUGUUCGACAACCCGCCGGACACGAUGGACGGACCGGUUGGAGUACCGCAGAUCCAGGGUUUGAAUCGACUACGGAAAGACAAUCAACUUGGACGAGAUGGCGUUUCAAGGAAAGACUGGCACGACUAUGAAACAAUCAAAAAGGAUGCCUCCAGAUCCGGUAACGGUGAGCAGGGGAAACCGUUCCCGCUCACGGACGCCGACCGUGUGGACCAGGCCUACAGGGAGAAUGGCUUCAACAUUUACGUGAGCGACAGGAUCUCGCUGACUCGCUCCAUCCCUGACAUACGGCAUCCGAACUGUAAACAAAAGCUGUAUGCUGAGAAACUACCCAACACCAGCAUCAUCAUCCCGUUCCAUAACGAGGGCUGGUCGUCUCUGCUGAGGACGGUCCACAGCGUCCUCAACCGUUCUCCUCCGCAGCUCAUCGCCGAGGUCAUCCUGGUGGACGACUUCAGCGACAAAGAACACCUGAAAACAUCGCUGGAGGAGUACAUGGUCCGUUUGCCCAAAGUCCGUAUCCUCAGGACCAAGAAGAGGGAGGGUCUAAUCAGGACUCGACUGCUGGGGGCUGCCGCCGCCAAGGGGGAGGUCAUCACCUUUCUGGACUCGCACUGUGAGGCUAACGUCAACUGGCUGCCUCCGCUACUCGACCGAAUCGCCCAGAACAGAAAGACUAUCGUCUGCCCGAUGAUCGAUGUCAUCGACCACGACAACUUUGGAUACGAGACGCAGGCGGGCGACGCCAUGCGUGGCGCGUUUGAUUGGGAAAUGUACUACAAACGCAUCCCCAUCCCCCAGGAGCUGAAGAAGGACGACCCCAGCGAGCCCUUUGAGUCUCCGGUGAUGGCAGGAGGGCUGUUCGCUACAGACAGGAAGUGGUUCUGGGAGCUUGGCGGGUAUGAUACGGGUCUGGAGAUCUGGGGAGGAGAACAGUAUGAGAUAUCCUUCAAGGUGUGGAUGUGUGGGGGUCGUAUGGAGGACAUCCCCUGCUCCAGAGUGGGACACAUCUACAGGAAGUACGUCCCUUACAAAGUUCCCGGAGGGGUCAGCUUGGCCAGGAACCUGAAGCGAGUGGCGGAGGUAUGGAUGGACGAGUACGCCGAAUACAUCUACCAGCGGCGCCCCGAGUACCGCCACCUGUCUGCAGGUGACAUGACGGCGCAGAAGGAGCUGAGGAGCAGCCUGAACUGCAAGAGCUUCAAGUGGUUCAUGAAUGAGGUGGCCUGGGAUCUGCCCAAACACUACCCACCUGUGGAGCCUCCCGCCGCUGCAUGGGGGGAGAUACGGAACGAGGGCAGCGGCAUGUGCAUGGAGACGAAACAUUUUGUGUCGGGCAAUCCCGUACGUCUGGAAAAUUGCGUCAAGGCACGGGGGGAGGUGAGGUGGAGCAACGGACAGGUGUUCACGUUCGGCUGGAGGGAGGACAUCCGCGUGGGCGACCCCAUGCACACAAAGAAGGUUUGCUUUGACGCCAUCUCCCACAACAGCCCCGUCACGUUGUACGACUGUCACGGCAUGAAGGGCAACCAGCUGUGGCGCUACCGGAAAGAUAAGAGCUUGUAUCAUCCCGUUAGCAACAGCUGCAUCGACAGCAACGCUAGCGAGCGCCGCAUCUUCAUGAACACAUGUGACCCCGCCUCCCCCAGCCAGCGGUGGCUCUUCGACAAAACCAACAGCACCGUGCUGGAGAGCUUCAACCACCAGGGUGCCGACUGAGCUGCUUCCUCGUCUGGUUCCCACGAGUGGGAAGUUUGAUGGAUGGGAUUUAUUCCCUGAAUGUACCCGACAUUCCUCACUCCGAUUUCCCUGACUGUUUCCCCUCUCGCCUUAUUUGCAGCCUUUCUUCACCGCCAAGUUCCUUAUUUGAACACCUCCAGUUUAUCUCCAUGUCUUCCACCUCUCAAAUCCUCUCAUGUCUCACCACCCCCGACAACCAACCCCCUCCGGUGGCUUGGGGGCGGGUGGCGUAACGGGAGAUCGGGUGGUGUCGCCUGUUCUUUGUCGCUGAGCCAAAAUGGUUGUGACACCUGGGUGAAGCCAGGCAGAACCACUCUGAAAAUUACCAGGUGGAUUGAUGCGCCCCCACCGACCUUUGCCCCCUACUUGAUCUAAUCUGCUGUCCGUCACUUUCCUCUCCGCUUUUCUAUUUUUUUUUACUUUCAUUUUUCAGAAAAAGUACUUUUUCAAGCUGCUAUCACCACUUAUAUAGAAUAUAUUUUGCUGCUCCCCUGUUUGCUGAAAGGGGGGACAAACGCGGGGGCUCGAAAAAUGGGCGGCGGUCCCAACCCCAGCUCCAUUUGGCGUGAGGCUAGCCUGUGCCCUCAAAACUGACAUCACUCUUAGCAUAGAGUGCAAGCAGGGGCUCAUUAUCAAAAAACGAGACAUGCCGCCCAUGUAGCUCCCCCCGGGGGCCGGUUGGCGUCCUGUGGCAACUUUUAUGCACUUGUGAUAAACUUGAAUGAAGUCUUAGUGCCUUGUUGAACAUUUUAGAUAUGUGUGUACAUGUGUGUUUGUGUUGGAAGAAUACCCAGAACACAGGAGAUGCCUCUAGUGACUUUGCGAAGGACCCUGAAGGCACCACUCAACUCCAAGACUGAAAUGAGUGAGUAAAAGUAGUUUGCUUCAUCACAAACCACAGCCUUUUGACCUUUUCCGAGGGAUGUUGUCGUUGAUUUAUCUUCCCUACCUGUUCAGUCCAAAAUAUAUUUAUAGGAAAGGGAUUUUUUUUUCUUUAUUUGUAUUUGCUGUUCUCUCUUUUUGUUUUGGUUCUGUGGUUCUUCUUGUGAUCCUUAAAUGUGAAUGGGUUUUACGGGGGUAGCGGGGAUUUGGGAGCGUAAUAUGCACUUUUGGGCCCUUUUCAUCACUUCCAGGGAAAAAUCCCUGGUGGAAACUCAAAAAGAGGUCUUAUUAAGUCCAAAUUAGCCACAACAUGUUGCAUAUUGUUCAACCGGUGCUAAUUCUAGAGAGGGUUAGACGACACAUGUCAUUCUUCUUUCUAAUUAUUUUAACUAAAUUCCCCCUUAAUGAUAAAGCAAAGCUAUGAAAAAUAAGAAUGAAUCCUUAUUUUUUGUGUCAUCAUGUGACCAAUCCACAUGUAGCCAAGUGUACGUUUUGUUUUUUUGUACGGCCAGAAGUGAAAAAAAAUCUUUGUCAUUUUCUACUGACGUUGCGAGUGCAAAAGUUUAUUUAGAUAUUUAACAAAGUAUACAAUGAAGCUGGAAUUGUAUGAUAUUUUUGCUGAAAAUUGUAAAAAAAAAAAAAAAAAAAGGAACUAAAUAAAAGGUUUUUAUAUUUGGAUGAAAAUCGUACGAAUGUGCUUUUUUUUUAUUUUAAAUAAAUGUAGAUUAAAAUUGGGUAAUUUAGUAGCCAGAUGAGCCUCCCUUUGGGUUCCUCUGGUCGUAAUGAAACGCCGUUAAAAUAGUAUCCGAUAUUUAUUUGCUACCUUUUGAGUGUUAAGCUGCAGUGUGAUGAUUUUAGCACUCUUUUCAAGAUGACAGUGAUGACCGUGAGUCAGACUGUUAUACUGAGUAACGACCUCCUGCAAAAAAAUUCUUCAGCAUUGUCGGAUUUUUGUUAACAAAACAUCGUAAUCAAUAAUAUUUUUCUGAUUUGAACUUUACUGAUUACUUUCAAGAUCGUGCUUAAUGGCAAUAUUCAGUUCAACCGUUACAGAUGAAUAUUGUAUUUUUUUUUUCACCGCCAUUGUAUGGUCAUAUUAGGUAAUCAUGUUAGCAAAUGAUACCUCCGAACAAAGAAAGUCCACAAGCCCAAGUCUCAUUAAUUUGACUUAAAUAUUCGUAUUUUUUCCGAAUUUAUUCCUUGCAGACGGUGAUGACGGCACACUAGCGAAACGGCGCAUUGCACGGCGUGGCGGUGGCGGUGGCGGUGGCAAUUGGCGGCGUGCAGCUUUCUAAUUUCCCCCUCUUGUCAGUUCUUAUUACCAGUUUGCUAUGACUUUAAUCCCCAGUGGCGCACAAACACACUUUUUUACCUCCAAAGCGUUAAAUCCCCUAAUCGCUUCCUUCGCCGAAUAAAAGCUGCUUCUUCCAAAGGUGUGAGGUGAUAGUGCUUUGGGUGUUGCCGCUAUACGAGUGGCUGAAGUGAUAUGGCUUUUAAAGAGGGAUUCCAAAUGUCUCAAAUAUCCCCUCAUUUUCUUUCCAUCUGGUAUUAAGUCUGUCGGAAAAAAAAAAAAAAACGAAGAGCGAACUUUCCGAGGUUAGCUGCAACCUCGUCCAGGAGCAUCAGGUUAGCUGAACGAAGAUAUCUUACUCGAUCGGAUUCAGCUGAAAAAAAAUAUUUUGUGUGCUUUUUUUUUCACUUUUGAUCAAAUUCCGACCGAUUUUUUCAUCAAAGUUUCAUGUCAAC